AUGGCAGCCUCCUGGAAGAAGAUGCGUGGACAGCUCUCUCCAUCUUUUGUAUGGAGGCUGAUGGUUGACCCGAAUUUGUCUUUACCUGUAAUGGUAUUGAUUCUGAUGGCGGAGCUGGUUGUGAAUGUUUUUGUCAUCGAAAGAAUUAAGUAUACAGAGAUAGACUGGGUUGCAUACAUGCAAGAAGUGGAAGGCGUUGUCAAUGGUACAUAUGACUAUAUGAAACUGAAGGGGGAUACUGGACCAUUAGUAUAUCCGGCUGGUUUUGUGUACAUCUACAUGCUCCUGUACUAUGUCACCGACCAUGGCAUAAAGAUCAAAAUGGCUCAGUACAUUUUUGCAGCUCUCUAUCUGCUGACUGUUACAGUAGUGUUUGACAUUUACAGACAAGCAAAUAAGGUUCCUCCAUAUGUGUAUUUCUUCAUGUGCUGUGCCUCAUAUAGAAUCCACUCCAUCUACAUUCUCAGGCUGUUCAAUGACCCUGUUGCCAUGGUGUUUCUUUAUGUGGCAGUUGAUCUUUUCCUCCGAGGUCACUGGUCCUGGGGAUGUUUGGCUUACAGUUUAGGGGUCUCUGUGAAGAUGAAUGUGUUGUUAUUUGCUCCUGGACUGCUCCUGUUGCUAUUGGUUACACAAGGCAUGCUGGGAACAAUUAAACACCUGAUAAUAUGUGCUGUACCACAGCUGAUUUUAGGCCUGCCAUUUCUCCUUACCAACCCUCUGGGAUAUGUCCGGAAAUCAUUUGAGUUCAGCCGUCAGUUUUUCUUCCAGUGGACUGUUAACUGGCGUUUUUUACCCGAAGAAAUCUUCCUUAAUCGUUAUUUUCACCUGGUGCUUCUUAGUUGCCACAUCAUUGCCCUCAUUCUAUUCCUGAUGUACAAAUGGAAAAGGCUAUUUCCUGGCUUCCACUUGGUAGUGAGGAUGUCACCUGUGAAGAGCACACUGAGUGUGGACCAAAUCCUUUUGCCCUUAUUUACAGCAAACUUUUUAGGUCUGUGUUUUAGUCGGACAUUGCAUUACCAGUUCUAUGUCUGGUAUUUCCACACCCUUCACUAUCUCCUAUGGUCCACAGACAUGUCUGUGCUUAUGAGAGUAUUAGUUUUGGGUGUGGUAGAGCUGUCUUGGAACACAUUCCCGUCUACAGUGUACAGCAGUGCGGCUCUUCAUAUCUGUCAUUUCUUACUACUGACAUCUUUGUGGCGGAACUCUGUGUAUACCCAGAGUAUGGUGAGAGGUCCGUCUGAUACAACAACAACCAGCAAACAGAAGGUGAAAGUAAAACCAAAGCGGAUAUGAAUGUUAGGCUCAGAGUAUUAUUAUAAUGACAA